AUGGUUUCUUCCGCAAGCAACCGCGCAGCCAUCACUUCGGAGAAGGACGGUAUGCAGAGCACCCGCAGAAACCUGGGUGUAUGUCACACCCUCAUCCAAAGGUGGAAUGUUGCAUUGUCCCUGCGAAUUGUGUCCACAAGCAACAGCACAGCCAUCACUUCGUAUAAGCGCCGUAUGAACAACACCUCCAACACCACCUGCAGACACCUGGGUGUAUGUCACGCCGUGGUCGACAGGUGGAAUGUCGCCUCUGUUCCAUCCGCAAGCAACUGCACAGCCAUUUCUUCGAAGAAGUACUGUGUGACAACCACCCGCAGAAACCUGGGUGUAUGUCACCCCCUCAUCUAA